AUGUCCAAACUCACUCUCUACCAGCAGCAUUUGGUGCUGUCUCACAGGAAGUUCUCCACUCCCAGGCAUGGGUCCCUGGGCUUCCUGCCUCAAAAGCACCCCAGCGGACACCAUAGGAAUGUGAAGAGCUUCCCCAAGGAUGACUCCUCCAAACCUGUCUGCCUCACAGCUUUCCUGGGCUACAAGGCUGGCAUGACCCACACCGUGCGUGAGGUAGAUAGGCCAAGAUCCAAGGUGAACAAGGAGGAAGUUGUGAGAGCUGUGACCAUUGUGGAGACACCAUCCAUGGUGAUUGUGGGCCUUGCAAGCUACAUAGAGGCUCCUUAGGGCCUCCACACCUUCAAAACCAUCUUUGCCGAGCACAUCAGUGAUGAAUACAAGAGGUGCUUCUAUAAGAACUGGCAUAAAUCUAAGAAGGCCUUCAGCAAGUCCUGCAAGAAGUGGCAGGAUGAUGAUGGCAAGAAGCAGCUGGAGAAGGCCUUCAGCAGCAUGAAGUACCGCCAGGUCAACCACAUCAUCGCCCACACCCUGCUUCCUCUGCACCAGAAGGCGGCUCAUCUCGUGGAGAUCCAGAUGAAUGGAGGCAAACUGGGCUGCGCCCCUCGGAGGCUGGAGCAGCAGGUCCCUGUGAGCCAGGGGUUUGGACAGGACGAGCUGACUGAUGUCACUGGGGUGAUCAAGGGCAAAGGCUACAAAGGGGUCACCAGCUGCUGGCACACCAAGAAGCUGGCCCACAAGACCCACCAAGGGCUGUGCAAGGUGGCCCGUAUGGGGGCGUGGCAUCCUGCCUGGGUGGCCUUCUCUGUGGUCUGGUCUGGGCAGAAAGGCUACCACCACUGCACUGAAAUCAACAAGAAGAUCUGCAAGAUCAGCCAGGGCUACCUCGCCAAGGAUGGCAAACUGAUCAAGAACAAUGCCUCCACUGAUUACAGUCUGUCUGACAAGAGCAUCCACCCUCUGGGUGGCUUUGUGCACUAUGGUGAAGUGAUCAAUGACUUUGUCAUGCUGAAAGGCUGAUUGGGAAUCAACAAGCAAGUGCUCACCCUCUGCAAGUCCUUGCUGGUGCAAACCAAAUGGCGGGCCCUGGAGAAGAUCCACCUGAAGUUGAUGGACACCACCUCCAAGUUUGACCACAGCUGCUUCCAGGUGAUGGAGGAAAAGAGAGCGUUCAUGGGACCACUUAAGGAACACUGA